GCAAUUCAUUUGUUUUUUUUGUGUCAAGUAUGCUAAGCGAUACAGUGAAUAAGUGAAUAUUAUCACAAAUAUAAGAUAGGAACGUUCAGCUAGUAUUUAUCAAUAGUGUCUUAUGGAUAACACAAGAGAAAACAUGAGCCAAAAAAAGAAUCCAGAUAAAGAAAAAUAUCCUAAAGCAGUAUUUUUCAUCAUUGGAAAUGAAUUCUGUGAAAGGUUUUCUUAUUAUGGAAUGAAAGCAAUUUUAACUUUAUUCUUGGUUAACAUUAUACGUUACGAUGAUGAUACUGCAACUACCAUUUACCAUACAUUUUCAAUGGGAUGUUAUUUUACUCCAAUAUUCGGUGCUAUGUUGGCAGACUCCUUUUUAGGAAAAUAUAAAACCAUUUUCUAUAUUUCUAUUAUAUAUGCCCUAGGAAAUAUUGUACUUGCAUCAGCAGCCAUUCCAAAUGGAAUUCCAAUGAUACCAUUUACAAUGAUAGGUCUUACUCUGAUUGCUGUAGGCACAGGAGGUAUUAAACCAUGUGUUGCAGCAUUUGGUGGUGAUCAGUUUUCACCAAAUCAAGAAAAAGAGUUACAGAAGUUUUUUUCUUUUUUCUACUUGUCAAUUAAUUGUGGUAGUAUGAUUUCAACUAUUCUUACCCCAUACUUAAGAGAGGAUGUAAAAUGUUUUGGAGAUAACAGUUGCUUUGCUUUAGCAUUUGGAGUCCCUGCAAUUCUUAUGAUUGUUUCAUUAAUUAUUUUUGUUUUGGGUCGUCCUUUAUAUAAAAUUAUUGCGCCAACUGGAAAUAUUGUUGUUCAAGUUGUUUCUGCUAUUUGCCAUGCUUUAGGAAGGAAAAUAAAAUCAAAAGCAGUUAGAAAAGAAGAUCAUUGGUUAAAUUACGCUGAAGAUAAAUAUGAUAAAUCGUUCUUAUCUGAUAUUAAAGAUGUCCUGCAUGUACUUUUUCUUUAUUUACCAUUACCUGUAUUUUGGGCAUUGUUUGAUCAGCAGGGUUCAAGAUGGACUUUACAAGCUAAUGCAAUGGAUGGGCAUAUAACUGGCAAGUUUCGUAUUAAGCCUGAUCAAAUGCAAAUGAUUAAUCCUUUUCUGAUUCUUUUCUUCAUACCACUUUUUGAAUAUUGCAUUUAUCCAUUAUUAGAAAAAUGUCAUCUUUUAGUUAGACCACUUCAAAGGAUAACAACAGGAGGCAUUUUGGCAAGUGCUGCUUUUAUUGUUGCUGCUUUUGUGCAAAUUGCAUUAGAGAAAUCUUUACCAGUUUUACCAAGUGAAGGUUUAUCCCAAGUAUCAGUGAUUAACACUUUGCCAUGCAAUAUAAGCUUAAGUAGUUCUCUGUCUAAUGUUUCUUUUGUUGAGAUGAUAGAUCUGAAAGAUAUUAAAACCAAUCACUCACAUGAAAUGGAAUUUUUUGCUACUAAUUGCAGUUAUUUAAAAACAAAUUCACUAUCUUAUAAUUUAUUUACAAGUGAUGCAGAACCUGUGAGAGUGAUGAUGAUUACAGAUAUUAAUAAUCAUCUAAGUGUUUAUGAGGUUCCAGAUAAAUUUGAAAAACCAGAUAAAGGUGAAUCUAAAAUACGUAUUCUCUUUGCCUCCAGUCUAAUUCCUCCAAUAAAUUCAACAAUUACAUUUUAUUUGUCAUUAAAUGACAAAACCACUGAACUUAAGUCUAACUUCUCCGUCAAUGAACAGAAUGGAAUAUUUGGUUUCACAGAUUAUGUUCAAGUUGAUCCUGGAAUAUUUAAAUUAGCUAUUAAUAAUUAUAACGACACAAUUCCUCUUGAUAAUGUUGAAUUAAAUACGGGUGGAAGUUAUAUUGUUACAGUUGUUUCAGAUUCAAAUAAUAAGUAUUUUUUAAAGAAUAAUGUAAUAGUUCAGCCUAAUUCAAUUUCAAUGUUAUAUCAAAUACCACAAUAUGUAAUUAUGACUGCUGGAGAAAUUAUGUUUUCAAUUACUGGAUUAGAAUUUUCUUAUUCACAGGCACCUACAAGCAUGAAGUCUGUUUUACAAGCUGCUUGGUUAUUAACUGUAGCUUUUGGAAAUAUCAUUGUUGUAAUUGUUUCUGUAGGAAGAUUUUUUUCAAAACAAUCUUACGAGUUCUUUAUGUUUGCUGGUCUAAUGGUGGCCGAUAUGAUGCUUUUUUCCUUAAUUGCAUAUUUUUAUAAAUACGUAGAAGCAAAAGAAGAUCAACUAACAAAACAUAAUGCAAAUGAAAAUAAUCAUUCUAAAGGAAUUCAAAAUGCAGCAUAUUUAGAAGAUUCGACAUCUCUUUAACAGUAAUUAAACUCUUUUGUAUUUAUUGAAAAAUAAGUACUAAUGAAAAUUUUGCCAUCUUAUGCUAUUUGGAAUCAUUUAAACACAGAAUUUUGUUUACCAGUUAUUAUUUAUAAAGGAAAAUGUUAUUUAUUGAAUCUUUGUGAAUAUAAAAAUGAGA